CUUUCUCUAUCAAGAGAGGACAUAGAAAAGAUACACUAGUAUUAUACGCACAUAUAUUUGUAGAGAGAGAAGCAGUUGCAUUAAGAGAGAGAGAGAGAGAGAGAGAGAGAGAGAGCCUGUGCGUGUUUGGAUUGGCCGUCCCGUUUGUAUUCCUCGUCACCGCUUCGAAGAUAGAGAGAUACGGAAAGGAGAGCGAAAAUUUGAAGGAUAAACGAAUUUCUCGCUGUGGGGGAAAAAAGUUUAUCAGGAUCGGAGCUAGGGCUUCUUUCCAAAUGAAGACUCAGAAUGCGAGUUGCUGAGAAUUCUAGCUCCGAUCUUAUUGCAGAGCUUUCGAAUUUAGGGUUUUUAGGCGGAGAUGGACGUGGAUUCGGCUAUGGCUACCGAGCCCGAUCACGAUCCGUCGGGGGAGCCUACCACUGUUAAUGGCGCCGUUCAGCCCACCGAAUCACAAUCCUUGUCGCCUCAGCAGCAGCAGCAGCAGGAGGAGGAGCAGCAACAACAACAAAGUAAUAAUAAUGUAAACGGAAAUAGUAAUAGUGGGAGUGGUGGUGGAGGAGGAGGAGGAGGAGGACCGGUUGUUGCCGGACCACGUUGUGCGCCGAUGUAUAGUGUGGUGAACGCUAUAAUCGAGAAGAAGGAGGAUGGUCCGGGGCCGCGAUGUGGUCAUACGCUCACGGCUGUUCCUGCGGUUGGGGAGGAAGGGAGUCCUGGGUAUAUUGGCCCAAGAUUAAUUCUGUUUGGAGGGGCAACAGCGCUUGAAGGGAAUUCUGCUGCAUCAGGGACUCCUUCUUCUGCUGGAAGCGCAGGAAUUCGGUUGGCAGGGGCUACUGCUGAUGUGCAUUGUUAUGAUGUGCUGACAAAUAAAUGGUCUCGCGUUACCCCAAUUGGAGAACCACCCACACCCAGGGCAGCUCAUGUGGCUACUGCUGUAGGCACCAUGGUCGUUAUUCAGGGUGGGAUUGGUCCAGCUGGUUUGUCGGCUGAAGAUCUUCAUGUUCUGGACCUCACACAACAAAGACCAAGAUGGCAUAGGGUUGUGGUCCAAGGUCCUGGCCCAGGGCCACGCUAUGGGCAUGUCAUGGCUUUGGUGGGACAACGGUAUCUGAUGGCAAUUGGCGGAAAUGAUGGAAAACGUCCCUUAGCUGAUGUAUGGGCGCUGGACACUGCUGCAAAGCCAUAUGAAUGGCGGAAACUGGAACCAGAGGGUGAAGGUCCGCCUCCUUGCAUGUAUGCAACUGCCAGUGCACGCUCUGAUGGUCUUCUUCUACUUUGUGGUGGGAGGGACGCAAAUAGUGUGCCUCUUGCUAGUGCCUACGGGCUCGCCAAACAUAGAGAUGGUCGGUGGGAAUGGGCUAUUGCUCCUGGUGUCUCACCCUCUCCGAGAUAUCAGCAUGCAGCUGUUUUUGUUAAUGCGCGUCUGCACGUGUCUGGAGGAGCACUUGGCGGUGGGCGCAUGGUGGAGGACUCCUCCAGUGUGGCUGUUUUGGAUACUGCAGCUGGAGUCUGGUGUGACACAAAGUCUGUUGUCACAAGUCCAAGGACUGGCAGAUACAGUGCUGAUGCUGCUGGUGGAGAUGCAGCAGUUGAAUUGACAAGGCGCUGUAGACAUGCUUCUGCUUCUGUUGGUGACUUGAUCUUCAUCUACGGUGGUCUACGUGGUGGGGUGCUGCUUGAUGACUUGCUUGUGGCUGAGGAUCUGGCUGCUGCUGAAACAACUAGUGCAGCCUCACACGCAGCUGCUGCUGCUGCUGCCUCCAAUUUGCAGCAAGGGAGGUUACAAAGCAGAUAUGGAUUUACUGAUGAUAGAACAAGGGUACCUGUACCUGAUGCUGGUCCUGAUGGUGCAGUUGUGGUAGGGAAUCCUGUUGCUCCACCUGUAAAUGGUGAUAUGUAUACAGAUAUAAGCACAGAGAAUGCCAUGCUCCAAGGUUCCAGAACGCUGACCAAAGGUGUCGAUUACUUAGUUGAGGCUUCUGCGGCAGAGGCUGAGGCUAUUAGUGCUACAUUAGCUGCUGCUAAAGCUCGGGAGGUUAAUGGAGAAGUCGAGCUGCCUGACAGAGAUCGUGGGGCGGAGGCAACCCCAAGUGGAAAACAAAUAUCUACUUUGAUCAAACCUGAUUCUGUAGUGUCAAACAAUUCUGCCCCACCUGGAGUUCGGCUGCAUCAUCGUGCUGUGGUUGUAGCUGCAGAGACUGGUGGUGCUUUAGGUGGUAUGGUCAGACAGCUUUCAAUCGAUCAGUUCGAGAAUGAAGGCAGGCGGGUCAGUUAUGGAACCCCAGAAAAUGCAACAGCAGCUAGGAAACUUUUAGAUCGACAAAUGUCAAUCAACAGUAUACCUAAGAAGGUUAUUGCUCAUCUUCUGAAACCUCGUGGAUGGAAGCCUCCAGUUCGAAGACAAUUUUUCUUGGAUUGCAAUGAGAUUGCUGAUCUUUGCGAUAGUGCUGAGAGAAUUUUUGCAACUGAACCUACUGUACUACAGCUCAGAGCCCCUAUAAAAAUUUUUGGUGAUUUGCAUGGCCAAUUUGGAGAUCUUAUGCGACUUUUUGAUGAGUAUGGAUCACCUUCUACUGCAGGAGAUAUAGCAUAUAUUGAUUAUCUCUUCUUGGGAGAUUAUGUUGAUCGUGGCCAACACAGUUUGGAAACCAUUUCUCUUCUUCUUGCUUUGAAGGUUGAGCAUCCGCAUCAGGUGCAUUUGAUCCGUGGUAAUCAUGAAGCUGCAGACAUCAAUGCUCUUUUUGGCUUUCGAAUUGAGUGCAUUGAGCGUUUGGGCGAGAGAGACGGAAUAUGGGCCUGGCACCGGAUAAACAGAUUGUUCAACUGGCUUCCUCUGGCUGCAUUAAUUGAGAAAAAGAUUAUCUGUAUGCAUGGUGGUAUUGGGAGAUCAAUAAACCAUGUAGAACAGAUCGAAAAUAUUCAGCGUCCAAUUCCUAUGGAAGCAGGAUCAAUUGUUCUUAUGGACUUGUUGUGGUCUGAUCCCACUGAAAAUGACAGUGUGGAAGGACUGCGACCAAAUGCAAGAGGUCCUGGGUUAGUAACCUUUGGGCCUGACCGUGUCAUGGAAUUUUGUAACAACAACGAUCUUCAGUUGAUUGUUCGAGCACAUGAAUGCGUAAUGGAUGGAUUUGAAAGAUUUGCACAGGGACAUUUAAUUACUCUCUUUUCGGCCACAAACUACUGUGGUACUGCAAAUAAUGCUGGUGCUAUCUUGGUUUUGGGUAGAGAUUUGGUUGUUGUACCUAAACUUAUUCAUCCAUUGCCACCUGCAAUCUCAUCUCCAGAAACCUCUCCUGAACACCAUAUUGAAGACACUUGGAUGCAGGAGCUCAAUGCUAACCGGCCACCUACACCAACUAGAGGGCGUCCUCAAGUUGCUAAUGACAGAGGUUCUCUUGCUUGGAUUUAGAUUAUGGUCCCAGAUUGUUUUCCUAUAAUUCUUCCAGGCUCGUGCUAACACCUGGAAUUUCCAGUGGUUUGUACAUAGCAUCACGCCAUAUGGAGAAUUCUGCAAAGAGCUGUAUUCUUCCUGUAGGCUCAUGCAUUUGAUAAGCCUUUUGGGAGAUGAGGGGACAAGUUUUUACAGCAGGAUCACAGGAUAUAUACAUAGUUGUGCUGAUUUCGGUAGUGUCCACUGUACAUGAGAAACAGGUAGUAAGAAUUUUCAUUUCUUCCUUGGGUGGGCAGAGCAGGCUGGGUAUUUCUUGUUAGUUCUCUUAUAUAUUUUUCCCCCCCUUUUUUUUGUCCUUCAUGUAGGUGUAUUAUAUAUUAUUCUCUAUUUUAAGAGGACAUGAGGUCCCCAUACGUAAUUGGUGAGAUAUAUCAUGUUGAAAUCGUGUUUUGUUCUUGUAAAAUAGAGGGUGUUGCCUUGUGUAUUUUGUUUCUCUAUGUAAUAUGUACAAUGUAACCAUUGUGUGAUGAUAAGAGGCUGUUUUCCAUUCA